CUUCCUGGAGAUGGAUGGGGACGACCCCACCCCCUACCCCCCGAGCUCGGGUCCCGGGCGCACACAGGACAGGACCCACGCAGUGCCACACACGUCAGACCAGGAUGACUUGGUUUGAGACCAUCAGGAGGGAGAAGAACUAAAUGAUGCUUGCAUGGACUGUCAGAGGCAGGUCCCUCACAUCUGUCUCACCUGUGGGGCGCACAGGUGCCUGUAGGCAUCUGGGAGCCAGGACGAUGCAAAUGCGAGCCAGAAGAAAAGGCGGGGUGCCAGGAGCUGGUCUUCCUGCAAGCUCAGAAACCAGCAGCGCGCUUGCUCUCCCGCGCCCUCUCCCUUCGGGGUCCACCCGUCAGGGUUCGGCAGACUUCUUCGUCAUUGUUUCUUUAAGAGGCGGGGCCUGCUGGCGGUCUGCGUCAUCAACGUGCGCCCGAAGCCUCGGAUCUCCACGUGGAUGCGGAGGCAUCAUGGCGGGAACCGAGGCCCCCCAGCCGCAGAAGCGCUAUUACCGGCAGCGCGCCCACUCCAACCCCAUGGCGGACCACACGCUGUGCUACCCUGUGAAGCCAGAGGAGAUGGACUGGUCUGAGCUUUACCCAGAGUUCUUUGCUCCCCUUACUCAGAAUAAGAGCCAUGAUGAUCCAAAAGAUGCAAAAGAAAAGCAAGCUGGGACCCAAGUGGAGUUUGCAGACAUAGGCUGUGGCUAUGGCGGUUUGUUAGUGGCACUAUCACCACUCUUCCCAGAUACCCUGAUUCUGGGUCUGGAGAUUCGGGUAAAGGUGUCAGACUAUGUACAAGACAGGAUUCGGGCCCUACGUGCAGCUCCUGGAGGUGGAUUCCAGAACAUUGCCUGUCUCCGCAGUAACGCCAUGAAGCACCUUCCUAACUUCUUCCGCAAGGGCCAGCUGACGAAGCUAUUCUUCCUCUUCCCCGACCCACAUUUUAAGCGAACGAAGCAUAAGUGGCGAAUCAUCAGCGCCACACUCCUGGCAGAAUACGCCUACGUGCUGAGAGUUGGGGGGCUGGUGUACACCAUCACCGACGUGCUGGAGCUGCACCAAUGGAUGUGCACCCAUUUUGAAGAGCACCCACUGUUUGAGCGUGUGCCCCUGGAAGAACUGAGUGAGGAUCCCAUUGUGGAACAUCUGGGCACUUCAACCGAGGAAGGAAAGAAAGUUCUACGAAAUGGAGGGAAGAAUUUCCCAGCCAUCUUCCGAAGAAUCCAGGAUCCAAUCCUCCAAGCAGUGACCCCCAACCCCACCCUGCCUGACCACUGACUUCUUACCCUGCCUUAGCUGGGCUCACUCUUCUAGUGACUGGGAAAAAAGAUCAGCUCCCCAUCCCAGGCCUUCUCACACCUGGUGGGACUGAGGCCAUAAUCUCUCUCCGAGAAGCCGGGUGCAGCCUGUGUUCUUACCCAUCGCUGACUCUUACUGCUUUCUUGCCCCUCACUGUCAGAAGAAAGCAAAAGAAGCUGACUGAGAAGGUCAGAGGACCUUGAUCCAGAGGUUGUAUUUGGAGGACUGUGGGGAUUUUGUUCUCCCUCAGCCCUCCCUCCUCCUCGUGGGGUUUCUCCUCAGCUGGAGUGAAGAGUGCAAUGCCCGCUGUCUGAGCUGCCUGCAUGCUUGGCUCAGGUCCCUGUUCCCCAUGUCUGCCCCCCCCCCCUUGUGUUUACUCUGCAGUCCUAAGGAUAAGGUGUGUGCCCACGUGCCCAUGCUGCUGUUUCCCAGAGAGGCUGGGGUGUGUAUCACGUGCCUCCCCCAUCUUCUCCCCACUUAAAAUCUGACCCGGGGCCAUCCCUGCUGCUGCUGCUGUUGCUGUCUCUGUAGUAUUGGAGGACAAGAGUGUAGAGACCCCUGGCUUUACCAUGUUGACCUUUGAUACCAGAACUUCAAAGCUGACUGACUGGCAUGGCACCUGAUGGGGCCAGGGAGGGAAGGAGGAGGGGAAAAGGCAGAUGAGCAGGGAGCUAAACUGGGGAAAAAAAUGUUAAUUAUUUGUAUGUGUAUAAGUAUUUGCCUACAUAUA